UUUAUAAUUAGGGUUUUCCAACUCACUAACAUUAAGUGAGAAGAAUCCAACCUUGUUCUCUCUAAAAAUAGUCUCUCUGCAAAAACCGAUCUUGAAUUCUUCUCUCUUUCUCUGUUCAAGGCAGUAGUUUCUCACCCUUUUUCUUUAGGUGCAUUAAUUGUUAAUUAAUUAUUUUGUGAUAAAUAUGCAUUAAUUUAUGUAUUUGUUUUGUGUAGCCUGCAUAUUAUUCCGUGGGGAUUUUUGUCUCAAAAAUGCUGGGAAGACAACAUGAAAAUGUGAAUGAAAAUGGUUAUUCCUCAUCCGAUCCAGGUGAAAGAAGACCAUCGACCGAUACCGUUGCGCUACACCGAGCCGCACUGAUGGGCAACUGGGAUGCUGCUUGGGAGCUUUUAAGCAGAAACGAAAACUUGAUCAGAACCGCUAUAACAGAAGGAGGUGAAAUUGCACUGCACGUAGCUGCAGUUGAAGGCCAUGAAAUUUUUGUCACAAAAUUAUUGGAAAAUAUUGAAAUAGAUGACAUGGAAACUCUGAACGAGAAAGGGUGCACUGCACUAUGCUUUGCUGCAGCUGCUGGACACACUAAAAUUGCUCAAAUUAUGUUACAAAAACACCCAGAUUUGGCAAAUAUCAAGGGUGAGAAUAGUGUUUGGCCGCUCUAUAUGGCUGCAUUGCUAGGAUUUGGUGAAAUGGCUGACUUUCUCUACCAUAAGUCAAAUCUCGGAUCAUGGACCCCACUAGAAAAGGUCAACAUGCUGACUUCAGCAAUUGAGUCUGAGUUGUACGCUAAGAGGAUCGUGGGCGACGAUAAAACGUUAGCUGUGGCUAAAGACAUAAAUGGCGAGACACCGUUGCAAGUGCUUGCCCGGUGUCCAUCUGCAUUUUCUUGUGACAACGGCCCAGGAUUUUGGAACAAGAUUGCAAUAAAUGUACUGCCCUGUAUGAAGAAGACAGCGAUUGACGACAUGAAUGCAAGGUGUAAUGCCAAAAGAUUAAUGUAUUAUUUGAUGGAUGCUGCUAAAUUAUGUAAAGAAGAUAUUGAAAUAGGAGGAGCCGUUGAGCCAGCACAUGUUGAAGCAACAGUAGUUGUUGAGUCAGCACAUGUUGAACCAACAACUCAUGUUGAGUCAGCAGAUAUUGAAGCAGAUGAAGAUAGGGUUACGGAUUUUUCGACAUCAUUUUUUACAGCAGUGGAUGCGGGAAAUGAUGUAUUCUUGGUGGAAUUAUUCAAAAACGACCAUGAUUUAUUGUACAAAGUUAACGAAAAAUCACAUAGCAUAUUUCAUGUUGCGGUUUUGCGUCGCAACGUCAAUGUGUUCAAUUUGAUGUAUGAGUUGGGUGGUACCAAAGAUUUGAUAGCAACGUACAUAGAUGAUGAAGGUAAUAACAUAUUGCACUUGGCGGGAAAAUUGGCUCCUCAAAAUAAGCUUGACACUAUUCCCGGGGCUGCUUGGCAGAUGCAACGGGAAGUACUGUGGUUCAAGGAGGUCGAGAAGCUCGUACAGCCCUCUUACAGACACAAGAAGAAUAAGAAAGGGCAAACGCCUCACGAAUUAUUUGUAGCCGAGCACAAAGGUAUACGAGCGGAAGGGGAGAAAUUCAUGAAGCAAACCGCGAAAUCGUGUAUGCUGGUGACGAUACUGAUCGCGACCGUAGUGUUCACAACGGCUUUCACUGUCCCCGGCGGAUACAACAAUAGCGGCGUCCCAAUUCUCGAGAACAAGAGGAUGUUCGUGAUCUUCCCUCUGUCGGAGGCAGUGGCGAUGCUCUCCUCGCUCACCUCGAUGCUCAUGUUCCUCUCGAUCCUCACUUCCCGCUACUCCGACGAGGACUUCCUCAAAGCGCUGCCGAUUUGGAUGGUGGUGGGUGUGUCGGCGCUCUUCUUCUCCAUCGUGGCGAUGAUGGCGGCGUUCUGCUCGUGCUUGCUGUUUUUCGAGCACGGUUGGGUGUCGGCGACACUGCUCUUGACUUUCUUCGGAAGUGUGCCGAUAAUGUUUGUGGUGUUAAAGUAUCAUCUCUUGAAGACUAUACUGCUUUGUACCUAUAGUUGUACUUGGUUGUUCCGGUCGCACAACCGGUUGCACUCCUAGGAAUUUGCUUGGGAUGCGGGAUGUACUGUACAACUGGUUGCACUCCUAGGUAUUUGCUCAGGAUGCACCGUACAACUAGUUGCACUCUUAUGUAUUAUCACUUAUAUAGCUCUAAUUAAAGCACCUAGUUAUGUCAUAUUGUAAUGUAGUAGUGUACAAAUAUGUUUAUGCAUGAGGUUGGUAGUCCUACCUUUUAUUCAAAGUUGAUUAUUAGAGGAUCCACAAUGGUCGGCGAGCGACCGGCUAGCCGAUUCCCGGCGCUGAUUAUUAGAGCAUCCACAAUGUUUAUGUA